GCUUUGUUGGGUAGCUCAGGAUAGCUCUGAGCUUGAUGUGUAGCCAAAGACGGCCUUGAAUCUGCCUGCCUGUUUCCUGACCACUAGGAUACACCACAUUUUAUUUACAUGGUGCUGGAUGGUGCUGAGGAUGAAACUUGGACUUCAUGCAUGCUAGACAAAAGUGAACCCCAAGCCCUAUAUUUUGUUUUCUACAUAUUUGAACUUACAAUAUCUGGGUGGUGAACGUUUCAAGUGAUAUCACCUGCCUAUGCUCAUCUGAAUUUAGCAAUUGCUUGUUUCCCAUUUAUAAUACCAUUGUCUGUUAAAUAACUACUGUUAUUAACUAGAAGUUAUUAACUACAUACACACACUCGUUCUGCAAACCAUCUGUCUUUUGAUGCGGUGAAGAUGCUCUGGAAGGUGUGUACCCUUUGACUAGGGGGUCAAAAAGUUCAGGACUGAUUCCUACACAUGAGAUUAAUGGUGGCAAAGAGAAAAACACUCAAUUCUCAAUUCUGUAACAGAAACAUGUUUCUUUUAUUAAAACAACAUACACAGCCUUGAGGUGUAUACAGAGAAGUGGGGAUCUCUUAAGAACUAUGAUAUCAACUUAAACCCUCAUCAAGCAUCCACGAAAAGGUUAAUGUCUCAUGCCUUUCAGUGAUCCAUGCAGCACUGGUGCAGGGCAUACAGGCCACCUCAGCUUUCCUGUAUGCCAAAGAGAUUAGGGGGUGGAAAUUGGUAGAGAAAUUGGGUUUAUUUACACUUUGACCAAGCUUGGGUGGGAAAGAACCUCCAUUUCUCUCUGCCUUUCCAGUAACGUGCUACAGAAGCAAGGGACUAUGCAUGUGCUAUUUAGCUGUGGGGGUGGGUUGACCAAUCUUCUCCCAGCAGGAUCUGAACCUGGAUCCUGGGCCUUCCCCAUUUCUUGUUCUAGUAAGAAGACUCAGUGGGAAAGGGACUUUCCCUGCCAAGCCUGAUGACCUGAAUUUGAUCCCCAGAGCUCAUAUGAUGAAGGGGGAAAACUGAUUCCUAAAGGUUUUCCUUGUAUUUGCUAAGGUGCGCUAAAGAUGGGCGCAGACAACGACAGCACCUUCAGCCAUUUCAUCCUUAUAGGCUUCUCUGACAGGCCCCAGCUGGAGAGGGUCCUCUUUGCCAUCAUCCUGCCUGCCUACCUCCUGACCCUGCUAGGCAACAGCACCAUCAUCCUGGUGUCCAGGCUGGACCCGCAUCUGCACACCCCCAUGUACUUCUUCCUCACACACCUGUCCUUCCUGGACCUCAGCUUCACCAGUAGCUCCAUCCCACAGCUGCUCUAUAACCUCAGCGGGCCGGACAAGACCAUCAGCUAUGUGGGCUGUGCUCUGCAGCUGGUCCUGUUCCUGGGCCUGGGGGGUGUGGAGUGCCUGCUGCUGGCUGUCAUGGCCUAUGACCGCUUUGUGGCAGUCGGCAAGCCCCUGCACUACAUGGUCAUCAUGAGCCCCAGACUCUGUAUGGGCCUGGUCUCAGUGGCCUGGAGCUGCGGGGUGGCCAACUCCUUGGCUAUGUCUCCGGUGACCCUCAGCCUACCCCGCUGCGGGCACCGCAGGGUAGACCACUUCCUCUGCGAGAUGCCAGCUCUCAUCAGGACAGCUUGUGUCAACACCGUCGCAGUGGAAGGCACUGUCUUCGUCCUGGCAAUAGGUAUCGUGCUGUCACCUCUGGUGUUCAUCUUGGUCUCCUAUGGCUACAUCGUGAGAGCAGUGUUGCGAAUCCGCUCCGCUGCAGGGCGGCAGAAGACUUUCAAUACCUGCGGCUCGCAUCUCACUGUGGUCUCGCUUUUCUAUGGGAAUAUCAUCUACAUGUACAUGCAGCCAGGGAACAGCUCCUCCCAGGACCAGGGCAAGUUCCUCACCCUCUUCUACAACAUUGUCACUCCUCUCCUCAACCCUCUGAUCUACACCCUCAGGAACAAGGAGGUGAAAGGAGCGCUCAGGAGGCUGCUGCUGGGUAGCCGAGAGAUAGGGGAAAUAAGGGCUGGUUCCAGACAGACCAGAGGCAAGCUGUCUUGGUGAGGUUGGCAGUGAAUACUGAGAGAACGCAAACUCUCAGGCAAACGUUUUAAUAAAAAAGAAGGGGGCGGGGAGAGAAAAUGUUCUGUAGUGACUUGGUUAAAAUUCAGGCUGUCCUGGGACACACGCAUGUUACUGGAUUCUUAAAGGGUUCUGGUAUUUGGUGGUCAUGAGGAAGGUGUGUGUUUUAAAUUUCUUCCUUGUGAUUAAAACAGACUUUCCAUGAAAGAUACAUAUCUGAGAGUUUGUCCCUAAAUUGGUGUAGUGUUAUCCUGUACAUGGUGAAAUGUGUUCUCCCGUUAAGGGAUGGGGGACAACAGUUGCCUCUGUGCACUUUUUACAUUAGGGGGAUUAGGGUAGUGUGACUGUGGAUAGCUGGUCUUACAGUUACAGACAUAAGCAUCUAAGCUCUCUUGUCCCCACGUAUGUCCCUAUUUUGCUAUCAGGGGUAUGGGAGGGCCAGGCAUCCCGGGCCUGGAUGUCACUACAUGUAAGGCUUUGAGUAGUCUUGGCAGAACUGGAUCUGAUCAACUCUAGUGGGCAGCUCUCCACUGAUUGGCAUCUUCUGGGCUCUCUAAAAUCCUGUGUAAGGUCCCAAACCAUUUGCUUUGUGAAUGAACUGAACAUUAGGUUUCCCAACUGUUCUACCCCAU